AUGUCUCCUCUCUUUCCCGCUCUCUCAUUAAAUAACAAUCCCGGAAGAGAUAUGCAUCCUAUUACUGAGACGAAUGCGUUUUUCGAAUUCACAGGCACAUCCACAAGCGCAGUGAUCACUACUUCACUCUGGCCACCGGAGCGUAUCAACCCACAGCAGGACCCAGCCUCUGUCCUAGAUAUUACCAUCUAUCAACUUCAAAUCAUUCCAACUUCACUGACGAUCUCGAGUGCCUUCGCAUAUCGUGGUCUUCGUUUGUCAUGCCUGUUGAUGUUCGGUGAUCUGAUUCACAUCCAUCCAAGAUGCUGCCAAGUUAUCGACCUCCUCAUUUGGCUUGGCAGAACAUGCCGGUACCAUUCCACUCAAGCAUUUCUCGAGGAGUUUAGAUUCGGAUCGUCCUCUGUCCGAGACGUGAGCGCUGAACUCGAUCAUCGUGUCAAGGUGCUCAAGGCAACCGGAGGGUUCUCUUCUGUCUACGCAACCGAUGGGCCCCACCAGGUGCCCAGACCAUUCGAGUGUGUUACAAAGAAUUAUGGCCACUUUCCAGCACACCUGACUCGUGAAGUCAGGAUAUGGAAGGAACUUUGGCACCCCAAUAUCCUUGAGUUCAUCGGAUAUGCCAUUGCAGGCGAACGGUCGGACAUGAAGGCUAUCUUAGUGUCCAAAUGGUGUGCAAACAGGAAUGUUGUGCAGUAUUUAAGAGCACAUCCAAACUCGAGUAGGACUGACUUGGUUGUUGGUAUGGCGAAUGGACUACACCACUUCACAGCUGAAACCCUCAAUUGUUCACCGUGA